AGAAGUGAGCACUACAUUCAGUACGCUGCUGCCUCUCAGCGUACCGAGCAGCAUCCAGUGGACCAGUCUGUCUACAAUUUCUAGUCUUUUCUCUAACAUUUUCUGUACUUAUUUCUUCUACAGUGACAGUUAUUUGUGAUUUCUUUCCCCCCUCACAAGGACCGCUUAAGGAAGACCGAGAAGAAAACCGAGAACGACUGAGACUAGAGAGUUUUUUUUUUAACCAUCCCUUCGGUCUGCUUGUUAGCUUAUUUGCCAAGAGAGUUAUUUUCUGCGGUCCGAGGAAACAUGAGCUUUCUCUUUGGAAACCGUUCAUCCAAGACGUUCAAGCCCAAGAAGAAUAUCCCGGAGGGUUCUCACCAGUACGAGCUGUUGAAACAUGCAGAGGCCACGCUGGGAAGCGGAAACCUGCGCAUGGCAGUCAUGUUGCCCGAGGGCGAAGACUUAAACGAGUGGGUCGCAGUCAACACUGUGGAUUUCUUCAACCAGAUCAAUAUGCUGUAUGGCACUAUCACAGAUUUUUGCACAGAGGAAAGCUGUCCGGUCAUGUCUGCUGGUCCUAAGUACGAGUACCAUUGGGCUGAUGGAACCAACAUCAAGAAGCCCAUCAAAUGCUCAGCUCCCAAGUAUAUUGAUUACCUCAUGACCUGGGUGCAAGACCAGCUCGAUGAUGAGACACUUUUCCCUUCAAAGAUCGGCGUCCCGUUUAAGCGAAACUUUAUGUCCGUGGCAAAGACCAUCCUGAAGCGUCUGUUCAGGGUCUACGCUCACAUCUACCACCAGCACUUUGACUCUGUCAUGCAGCUGCAGGAGGAGGCCCACCUCAACACAUCAUUCAAACACUUCAUCUUUUUUGUUCAGGAGUUCAACCUCAUUGACAGGAAAGAGCUGGUCCCGCUUCAGGAGCUGAUUGAAAAACUGACAACCAAGGACAGAUAAACAGCAGUGUAAUCCUUAUUUUAUUGGUCUUCUAGUUUUUGCACAGAUACCCACCCCACCCUGGCUGUAUGUAUGCAGUAUAUACUAUAUUUCCAUUUGGGGAAAUGUUUUUAAUAAGGCCAGGACGAAGGAAGGGUCUUGAUAGAUUUAAGGCACCAGGACUAAUGCAAUCAGGGAUUACACGCUUAAUUGAACAAACCACAGAUUAACAUAUUGGAGAAAAAGGUUUUAGCUGUAUGGAAAGAUCCCCAGUAUUCAGUCAGGGCUGACAUUUAGGAGAAUAUAGACAUAUGUUCAUUAGUUUUCUAUUACACUGCACAGAUGUUUAGUUUCAUUUGGAUUUAUGGCAACAGGAGGCAUGUCCAUGCUUUUAGAUUCCCAUUUCCAACUCACCCACAGGGAACAAUAGUGUCUAAGCAGAGUUGCUGUAUUAUAGGAGGGCUUUGUUGGUGUGAUGGUGAAAAAUUAAGCCAGGCCUUUAAGCCAGUUUAUUGGCAGUAACUAGCUAGUUAUUUUAUGAAUUAAUCUACAUAGAAGGACCUGGGUUGCAGUCUACUACUGUUCACAUCUGUUAUAACCCACAUCUUUCAAUACAAAAGAACCCUAAGUGCCUCGCAUGGCUCAUAAUUGCCCUAUAUCAACAGUGAGAACUGUAACAAGAUAUAACGGCCAUAUAACACUAACUUGAUUGACAAAACAUUAAAUUUUCCACGUCACCUCCCUUUAAGUUUCUGUGGUUCUUAAUUCUCUCUUGCAUCCCUUUUUUUGAUUUGUACUGUAACUUGGUUCAAAAGUGGAUUUUCUCUGUAAAUCCACAGUCACCAACCAUGUCCUUAUUUAGUUAGAAAAUCUUUUUACCAAGUGUUCUGUGCAGGUUAUGAUAAAUGAAUGUGUUGAAGGACAUAGAAGUGAGGCUAGAAUAUUGUUGUAGCAGGGACUAAAGAGGAACUAAACUUUUAGCAUUUUAUAGCGACAUGUUCCUGUGUACUAGUUUCUUCCCCCAAAAACACUUAAAGUAGAAACAAAAUUUUUAGGAAAAGUCUUCAAGGGAUCUAAAACCUUAAAUUGUAUAUAAAUGUUGGGAAAUGGACUUAGAGACCUGUGUUUAAAGUCACAACCUCCACUGUUUAAAAAUACAAGUACUUUGAAUUGGAUUAUGCUGCAUCCCUUGUUAUCUCACGAGCCAUAAAGCACUUUGAACAAUUUUCCUGACCUCUCUCGCCUGAAUGUUUAUUCUGCAUAGACCGUGCUUUGUGAGAAGCUGUGUCAUGUGACUGAUCAUAGUUCCUCCCUCAUAUUUCCCCCAAAUGAAUGUUGAAUUGCUUAACCGCCGCUGAAUUUGGCUAUAAGGCACAAGUGAGAUUUCUUAUGCUUUUUGUAUGGUCUGAGUUGUUUGUUGCUGUGCUUCAAACAGCAGAUGCAUGCCCCCUUCCCAAUCUCAAAGUGUAGUUUACUAUGCAAUAAUCGACACUAAACACUAAAAGGGUUACCAGUUGGCUCGUUCGUACUUUAUCUAUUAUUAAUUUUCCUUUUAGAGUGCUUAAAUUCUGGUGUUUGAUAGAAAUAAAAUUGCUUCUCUUUCAGGUUUGGUUUCAAAAACAGUGAUAUGAACAUUUUAUAUAUCUUCUUAUCUGAAAUUUGUCAGAGAGGUGUAAUGCUUCAAUGCACACAUGUACAUACUGAGGGUUAGACCUGUCUUAAAACUAAUUUUCAGCGAGCAUGGAGUGGUAGCUUUUGGUUUAAAGAAUGCAUCGAGUCUUUUUAGAGGCUGCUUCCCCUCCCUUUAUUUGGAUAUUAAGAUAUUGUUUGUUUUAAUUGUUGAGUAUUUUUUUCCACUUCCUUAGCUAGCUAUUAUGAAUGUUACUGCUCACCAGAUCUCCGAAAAAUGUAAUAGAAAAAUCAGUCAUCCUGAAAGCAUCUCAUCCUUAUGAAAUGCCCAUAACAUAGCCUAUUACCUACAGUUUUUCCUCCUUGACUGUAAUAAUUGAUGAAAUGUUUGUACAUAAUGGCUUGGUAGGGGUUUUCAAUGCUACUGAAUUCAUUUAUGCUGUUUACAAGGCAAAUAAAGGUGGUCUUGACUCUUUGAA